AUGGCAAAGAAGGCACAGACUGCCAAGACUGUGCAAGCACGUGCCACCAUGCUCACACAGACUGCUGGCAUUGAUAGCAUACUGACCAUAAGCAAGCAAAUAACCCAGACCACACAGCAUUCAGGCAGUACACUCCACAUUGGCAGUGUGUCACAUGAUGCACGCACAGCUGAAGACUCAAAACCACCACAGGAGCUUGUCAAGAAAAUUAGUGCUUCAAGAGGUUCCACCAAGCAAGUUAUCGUGAAGGAGGCAUCAAAAGCUGACAAAGAUUUAAAUUUGGUAAUGACCUUUGACCUUGAGCCAAUUAAACCUGCAUAUGAUGCACAAACAAGCAAGCAAGCUUUGGAUAAGCUGCAACAGAGCUGCAGUGGUGAAGGUUUGGAAGAACUGUCCUCAAAGAAUGUCGCUGAUGUCCCCUGUGAACUCAAAGAUCAACAUUUGAAAAUUGAAAAAAAUGCAUCUGAUGUGGACAAAGCAUGUAUUGGUGCUGCAGAUGCUCCCAGCAAGACUACAGUGCAUUCUAAAAGUUCACAUAAAAAUAAAGUUGAUACUGAAGCCAAGAAGCUUGAUUCUGUUGCUACUAAAGUUAAUACAAGUGGCCCAGCCAAGGGAACUUGUGAAACUUCAACCAAAAAAACUGUUGAGAUGCCUUCAAGAAAGAGUCCCUGCAAUGCCAUUGCCGAGCGCCGUAGCAGUGCAGAGCACCACAUUGAGUGCCCUGUUAGUGCUGAGCGCCGAGAUAGCACCGAGCACAGUGAUACAAAAAAAGACCAGAAGGACUGCCCACCAAGCAAUCGCCGGCCUACGAGUGAUGACAAAGCAACCGAGAAACUUGACAGCAAGAGAAGUAAGGAGCAUAAAAGGAAGAGUGAACCAUCUCCAAGUAAUGAGCCUGCAUGUAAGAAAAGAGCCUUCGAGCAGGAUGCACCAAGAGCAAACAAGGUUGAUAGCAGAGGAACCAGUCAUCGAUUGCCUAAGUCCAAUACCACUACUGCAGGGCAUAGGAGGUCUGUUACAAAGCAGGAGAAGACCAAAAAGAAAAGAACAAAAAAGGAACACCAAGAAGGAGCAAAAAAAGUAAAGGAAGAGGCCAUUUUGUACCCAAAAGAGAAAGAGAGACUUAAAGGUGAAGCUUUAGAAAAAGCACGGAAAGAAGGCAGCGACUGCAUCAAAGUGAAAACAGCUGAUCGAAAGAAAGAAAUCAGCUGGCCUAUGAGUCUUAUUAGAUAUACUAACAGCGAACCAUUUAUUUCAUAUGGCUGCAACCGUACUUAUGCCAAGAUCAGUGUAGCAUUUGUAAAGAAGGAGAAAAGGACUUCCGUAGCUAGUAAUCCUGAGGAAAAAGAAAAGAAAGACAUCCGCGAAGUGCCAAAAGAUUCUGCAAAAAAGGACGGCUGUUGUAGAGCACACAAGUCGAAAAAGGAAGUACCGCUGGAUGCUCCAGAUAGAAAGAAAGUAACGUCACCUUCUAGGGAAGCAGUAAAGGAAUCAGAUGUCACUGACCAUCUAUCUCCCGACCUCAAUGCAAUGUCAGGACUUCAGGCUUUGCAGUGCCUGUACGAUAGCAUGGACAGUCCAGAAGUGCCAGCAAAGGAUCUGGACUCUGAAAAUGAAAUAAGUCACUCCAAGGCUGAUCAGGAGGAUGUGCCUGAAGAAACGGCAAUCAGCGAUCAGUGGGCAAACACAGAGUUGGAUGCAGCCACACAUUGCAGUGUUCAAACCACACUAACCAAUUCAGAAGCUCUUGGUGCAACACACCACUCAAAAGGUACUGUGCCAAAAACCCCAGAGUGUGAACCACCAAAAGUGAACACGGAGGUGUCAUCAAAAUCACCACUUGCUGUACCAGAAAAGACAGAAUCAUUGCUAGACAAAACAGAAUUGACAACUGAACCUGAAACGACAGUAGAAAGUGCAGAAAAAGAAGCUGCUAAGGAACAUAAACGGGAGGAUGAAGGAAAAAACAGUAGCACGGAAAAACAAGUCAGUAAUGAACCAACUCGUCCAAGAAAAUGUUUUAUGGAGGAUAAAGUUUUAUGCUCUGGUCAGGAAGAGGUCAGGCUGCCGGAGAUAGAGAAAGAAGGGAACGUGCCCUCACCUAAUGCUAUGAAUGUUUCUGAUGAUAUGGAAAGAGCCAUAAAAACUGUAGCUGAGAAUCGCGAACCCCAAGUGGGAACCACCAUGAAAGCAGAAGAGCCAAAGGAAGAUGUAGCUGUCGCUGCCAGCCCAAGCAUGACUGCUUUGCCAGAGGAAUUAGUGUGCAUGGAAACCAGUCAGAUGACACCACUUGGUGCUGACAAGGACUUGACCUCUGAAUAUGAAAAGUUCAUGGAACAGCUCAACCUCGGAAGUUGUAUUGAAGUUGAGGUAGCACAGGAAGUUGAAGUGCCUAGUGAAGAUGCUCUUGAGCCGCCUGAGCAAGCUCCAGCUGUCAUCAGCGCAGCACCAGCUGAAGGCAAGAACGAACUGGAUCCUGUGUUCACUAUCCCAAUGCAGACUUUACUGGUAGCUUCAUUGCAAGAUGAUUUAUCUCAGGUGCCUGUUGAAGACAUUGGAGCCCUUGAUGUGGCUUGUGAGAGUGAAGUCAGCAGCUCUCCAUUUUUACCAUCUGUGCCACCACCUCCGGCACCUGUACCUGCACCUAGUCCAGCCAUUACAUCUGCCCUUGGUGCAAUUACUUACCUUUCCUGUGUUGGUUCCGCUGGUGCAGACAGUCAAGCAUCUUGUGUUCUUGCUCCCAUUGGGUCCAUUGUUUCUGCUGGGAUUCCCAUUACUUCGUCAUUGUCAUUAUCAGCUCCUGCCUCACAUAUUACACAUAUAUCAUCAGUUGCUGCUGAAGCUCCAAUUCCUGUCCCUGUUCUGGCAGCUCCUGUUGCUAUGCCAGCCCCUGUGUCUUCAAUAACGUCUUUUCAGUCCUCUGUGCCACUUGCUAGUUCCAGUCCACAGCUAGUGUCAUCUGCUAUUGCAGCUACAAGUACACCUGUGCCUGUUUCAAAUUCACCUGCCUCCUCAGAUUCUUCUAAAAGCAUUGUGCAUACAAUUUGUUCAUCUAGUGAUGUUUCUCUUUCACCAAGCCAACCUUCUUCAUCCAAGAGGUUGCACAGGAAAAGGCACAGUGAGAUUGCCAGAACGUCUACUAGUGCUGAGGAAAUUCCGCCGUCUCCUCCUACAAAGAAAGAUUCAAAACACAGCUUGCAUAAAUCUGCAUCCCAAAAGCCAGAACUGCCUGCCCAGCCAGAAGUUUUCAGUAGCAAGAGUAUGUUACGGCCCAUCAUCACCAAAGUUCAGGCGAAUUCUGAGCCAAGAAUGCAGUCAGCCACUCCUCAGAUCUUACAGGCAGAAAAUGUAGAUGGCUUAGAAUGUUUUCCUGCUGAGCAGUCAGCACCAGAGGUCGGCGCUGAGGUAGAAGUUGGAAGUGAUGUCUGCACCGAGGAUCAGGUGAAGUUUCCAUCGUCAGAUGACAUGUUUGUAACCAUUGUGAACACUGAAGAUAUAUGCCUUGCUGCUGUCGAGGAAGUGGCAUGUUCAUCAUCGGAUGACCUUGGCAGCGGCUUGGCAGUGCCUGCAGAACAACCCGAAGAGAAAGAAAGCUCCCCGCCACCGCCUCCUCCACCGCCUCGUCACUUGCGGUUCAAGAAACGCAAAGGAUCAUCAUCUGUGACCUCGUCCAGCUCUGUAGAAGUGCCACCACAGCCACCUCCACGACCACCUGUUCGUUGCUUGGUGUUCCCUCCCCCACCUGCAGGUAUUCUCUUGCUAGCCGGCAGGGGCACCCUCUCAAAUAAGCCAAAGAAAUCUGUUACUUUUGCUGAUGGCAUCCCGCCAGGCAAAGAACCACCAUCUAGAGGUGGUGCCCCAUCACCACCACCUCCUCCACCACCACCUCCUUCACCACCGCCUCCUCCACCACCACCUCCUCCACCACCGCCACCUCGUGAACGCAAACACCGCACGAAGUUCAAGGUUAUCAUACCAUCAUCUGUAGCCGACUCCCUGCCGCCGCCCCCACCUCCCCCAAAACGACCACCACCACCACCGGCUGCAACGGCACCUGCUCUGGCCACUGCUUCAGCAGUGGCUGCGGCAGUGGCUUCAGCAGCCGCCCCUACUCGCCCUGUUGCUGUGGAAACCGUGGCUGCUGCCUACCCGCAGUACCAGGUGCAUUUGCCCCAGCAGGCCUACCCAGCUGCAGGAUACACCAUCCCAUAUAGUAGCUACCCAGCAGCAGGCUAUGCAUACACAGCCACAACACAUUUGGGGCAGACAGUAGCUUACACCUACGCACCUGGCCAGGCGGCUCUCCAAGCUAUGCCCAUGCAGCAGGUGCCUCCUCAGCAGCACCUCUAUGGCAGUGCUACUGCUGCUUCCUACGUGUACCACCCACACCAGAUUGUACAGGCUGGUCCAGUUGUGAUGCAGCCUCAACAGCUGCAGCAGGCACACCUUCCACCACCACCACCACCACCUGUGGGCCUGCUACCCUCCAGGCCACCCACAUAG